GAUCUGCUCUGAUUCUGGUCUGAUCUGCUCUGAUUCGGAAGCUGGUAUUGUGUUCUGGACUCAAGUGGAAGGGCUCGUAGGACAUAGGACCAAUAAGGACGCUAAACUGCCCACACCGGUUGAACGUCAUUGGUUGGCCUAGUGUGAAGAUUCGUAUAAGUCGUAUUCGGAUUGGUAGAUAAGUCGUGUGAUCGAAAAGUCAGACAUCCAAGGUCAUAACAAUUGGCGACGGGGAUUUUGGCAAAAACAAAAUAAUUAUACGACAAGUGGUGACUCAGAUUUUGGAAAUAAAUUAGCUGUUAUAAUUGCCGGUGAUUUUUGGCGUUAAUAUUAUUAUUGGCACAAAAAAAUGUCGAUUUCUUUAGAACAGUUGCAGUUAAUAUUACAGCUACAGCACCAGCAGAUGUUAGCCUUCCAACAACAACAGAACCAGCAGAUGUUAGCCUUGCAACAACAACUAUUUGAAACAGUUUUGGGCAGACUUUUCAUUCAACCAGAAAAUAAGGAAUCUAUUUAUGUUGCAGAUAAUGGUGCAGCAAUGGACAAUUCAGAAGCAUAUCCUGUGGAGGAUUCACAUCCCUUUAUACCUGAAUCAGAACGUAAUAUUUGUAACGUAUCCGGCUCACAGCAAGAAAAUACUGUUCUAAAUGCUCAUGAAGUUGUGACAAUACCAGAUGAUCAAGAACCAGAUCCUGUAGAUGAAGCCCAGAGUCCAGAAUUGAAUGAAACGCUACUGGUUCUGUCUAGCUCUGAAAAUAAACUCCAGCUCGAACAAAAUUGUGAUCCACGUGCUAUUAGUCGAGAAAGCUGUGGGGACUCGUAUUCAGAAAAUAACUGGGGCAACACGAUGAACCCAACUGUACCAAAUGUUACUCAAAAUAAUUGGGAGACAAAAAUUUAUAUUGAACUGGAUUAUCUAAUUUCUCAUGACAAUGUACUAGAUAUGGGUUCUUAUAAUAAUGCACAGAAUUUUGAUGAGAUUUCUUAUAAAAAUGAAAAUAUAUCGGCUGUUUCAAAUGAUGGUCAAAAAUCUAAUUUAAUUUUGUUAGGCGUUGACUUUCUUAAUGACUCAUUAUCUACUAACGAGAUUCAUAAUGAAUUUGGAAGUAAGGACCCCAAGUCGAUGGUCGUUCAUCAUCAUCUAGUCAUUUUUAGUGGAUUCUCCAUUCAAUACGAGAAACAUGGUUUAAUCAAAGUCCUAUUAGUUGUAAUUUGGAGACAUAAGGACCCAACAUUAUUUCGCGGAGGAGGAGAAUGUUGGAGUAUUUAUAGUUACACAUAAUUUUUUCUAAAAUCAGAAUCUAAACUUGGAAUCUUAAAAAAAAAGGGAGGUGUUAUAUCCGGUGAAGAUUAAGUUACAGGUAAUUUCCGAGGACUAUUCAUGGACUAAUAUUCUAUAAUAUCCUUAUUGUAUAACUACUCAACAAUUACACUAUGUAUAUUUGUAUUCCUUUUAUGAUAAGCUUUAUUUUGACCUAUAAUUUAUUAUUGUACGAUUUACGCUUCUUAAGUUAUGUUCAGUUUAUUAACUAAUGCCUCCCACAUUCACAGCCACUUUUUGGUUUAUUUGUGUACAAGUAUUAUUUCCUAUUUUAUGGUACGUUGAGGUUUGUCUGAUUGAUAUAUAAACCAAGUAUGUCUGAAAUAAAUGAUCUGCUCUGA